GUGAGCAGAGUAUCAUGGUGUCCUUCAGACCUGACUGGGAAGUGGGACUGGAUCAGCCCAGAGGCAGCACACCCUACUUCUCAUCCUGGGAAGUGGCCUGACUAAGCUCUUUAGUGAGGACUCGACACUCCUAAUUGUAGGAAUGUGCUCUCUUCCUAUGGCAAGAUACUACAUAAUCAAAGAUGCAAAUCAGAAGGUUCUGUAUACACGGGAUGGCCAGCUACUGGUAGGAGACCCUGAUACAGACAACUGUUAUGCAGAGAAGAUCUGCAUACUUCCUAACAGAGGCUUGGAUCGCAGCAAGGUUCCCAUUUUUUUGGGGAUCCAGGGAGGGAGUCGCUGCUUGGCAUGUGUGAAGACAAAAGAGGAACCUUCCCUUCAGCUGGAGGAUGUGAGCAUCGAGGACCUGUACAAGGGCGGCGAAGAAGCCACCCGCUUCACCUUCUUCCAGAGCAGCUUCGGCUCUGCUUUUAGGCUUGAGGCUGCUGCCUUCCCUGGCUGGUUCCUCUGUGUCCCAGCUGAGCCCCAGCAGCCAGUGCGGCUCACUAAGGAGAAUGAGCCCUCAGCUGGCACUGAGUUCUACUUUGAACAGAGUCGAUAGGACGGCAGAAGGCAGAGGCCCAGCCUGGUGCCCCAACACUGAGUCCAUCUGGCUCAAGGUCUAUAGAAGGCAACAUAAUGGUCCAUUAGGGAUGUCUGCAUCUUAACCUCCAGAAUCUGUGAUUAUUACAUGACAGAAGAGACUUUGCCUCAUGAGAAAGGGGAAAGGGUCAGACAGACUGAAGGGAUCUUUGCUGGGAAGUUUGAGGAUGGAGAUAGGGAGCAGGAGCAGAUGAAUGCAAGUGAUUUCUAGAAACUGGAGAAAGCAAAAAGAAUGGAUUGCCUUCCAGAGCCCUCCUCACUCUGACCUCAGACUUCCGGCUCCAGAAUUGUAAAAUAAUACACUUGCAUUAUUUUAAACUAUUGAGUUUGUGAUAAUUUGUUGCAACAGC